AAUUAUCCACGUCUACCGCACAAUUUGAGGCCUUGAAUAAUUGGCGUAAUCAGAAACAGAGCUCUGCAUGGUCCAAUUCCAACACGCAAACAAAGGAAAACCCACACCGUCUGCGCACAUGACCACACACACUUUCCCUCUGCUUCCAUGUUUUCAAUGCCUUUUCCCCGCUACUUCUUUUCAUGGACUUCUCUGUUCUUUUCCCUAAUCAAUCCCAAGCUCUCUCGCCUCCGUCUUCUUCUCUGACUGACUUCCUCUUUCUUUUCGCUAUUUGGGUUUCUCUCCUUCGAUUUCAUGUUUACCAAUGCGAUUUCUUCUGCCCAUUUCGCAUAUUUGGGCUCUGAGUUUCUAUUUUUUGUUACUAAAUGAUUUUGCAAUCGGCUUCUUCUGCGAGCUUCCACUCCUCGAUUGCUCUUCCUCAAUUUCGAUGCCCAUGUGGAGAUUCCAACUCUGUAACCAGCCCAAGAAGAACCCAGAAUUUCGUUUCGGUUUCUUGCUCCAACAGAAGGAAAAGGCUUCAAAUUGCCAGUUUCUCGCAUAGGAAUUUCAGGUGGAAAUGGGGAUUUCAGGUGCGCGCGAUUUCUUCGGACGGUACAAAGCCAUUGAAUAUAGAGCUUGUGAAAUCGGCAAGUCGGGGUGCGAAGAGUUUCGUGGCGAAGCAGUUCACUAAGGAAUUGGAAGGUGAAGAAUUGGCCGAAGAGUCGUCAUCUCCGAUUCAAUUGGGUUCGAAUUUUACGAACUUUCAAGAAGACCCCAUUGUUGAUAAGCUUAGAACCCAGUUGGGGGUCAUACACCCAAUCCCAUCUCCUCCAUUGAAUCGAAACAUUGUCGGACUGUUCGUCUUCUUCUUCUUUGUCGGGGUUGCGUUUGAUAAGCUUUGGACUUCCAGGAAGAAGAAGAACAAAUUGGGGGUUGAUGAAAACCGUCGUGAAGCUUGGCCACAAGUGCCCACGAGCUUUUCAUUGUUUUUGGAGAAGGAUUUGCAGAGGAAAGAGUCGGUGGAAUGGGUGAAUAUGGUGUUGGGGAAGUUGUGGAAAGUGUAUAGAGGUGGGCUUGAGAAUUGGAUAAUUGGGUUGCUUCAGCCCGUUAUUGAUAAUUUGAAGAAGCCUGAUUAUGUUGAGAGGGUCGAAAUUAAGCAAUUCUCUUUGGGGGAUGAGCCGUUGUCCGUUAGAAAUGUUGAGAGACGGACUUCUCGUCGUGCAAAUGACUUGCAGUAUCAAAUAGGUCUCCGUUAUACUGGAGGUGCCCGUAUGCUUUUAAUGCUGUCACUAAAGUUUGGCAUUAUACCAAUUGCUGUGCCAGUUGGAGUUCGAGAUUUUGACAUUGAUGGGGAACUUUGGGUCAAAUUGAGAUUGAUACCAACAGAGCCUUUUGUAGGAGCUGUUUCAUGGGCUUUUGUUGCACUUCCAAAGAUCAAAUUUGUGUUGUCACCAUUCCGCUUGUUCAAUUUAAUGGCAAUUCCUGUUCUUUCAAUGUUUUUGACAAAACUUCUCACCCAAGAUUUGCCUCGAUUGUUUGUACGCCCAAAGAAGAUUGUUUUAGAUUUUCAAAAGGGAAAGGCAGUUGGCCCUGUUCCAAAUGAUUUAAAACCAGGGGAUAUGCAAGAAGGGAACAAGGAUUUUGUUGGAGAGUUAUCAGUAACCAUUGUGGAUGCUCGAAAGCUGUCUUAUUUCUUCUAUGGCAAAACCGAUCCAUAUGUUGUUUUAAGCCUAGGGGACCAAGUCAUACGCAGCAAAAAGAACAGCCAAACCACUGUCAUUGGACCUCCUGGUGAACCAAUUUGGAAUCAGGAUUUUCAUAUGCUUGUUGCAAACCCUAGAAAACAAAAGUUAUCCGUACAAGUGAAGGAUUCUCUUGGAUUUACAGAUUUAACAAUUGGUACAGGAGAGGUUGAUCUGGGAUCUCUCCAAGACACUGUGCCAACAGACAAGAUUGUAGUAUUGCAAAGAGGCUGGGGACUUUUUAGAAAGAGUUCUUAUGGAGAAAUACUACUUCGGCUGACAUAUAAAGCAUAUGUUGAGGAUGAAGAGGAUGACAAAGCUGAGGCAGAAUCCACUGACAUUGAUGCUUUGGAUUCUGAUGAUGAUUUACCUGAUUCUUAUGUGAAAGAAGAAACAGAGUAUUCUAAAGAAGCAGAUAAAGAGUCAUUCAUGGAUGUCCUAGCUGCUUUAAUUGUGAGUGAAGAAUUUAGAGGAAUAGUAGCGUCAGAAACCGGAACUACCAAAAUAUUUGAUAAUGUUUCAAGGGUAGAAUCAAGAAUAUCAAGAUCGCUUGGUCUUAAUGAUGAAUCUGCGCCCCAAGAUUCAAACAAUAGUUCAGAACGUUCCCAAGGAUCAGCCUUAUUUUGGCUUGCUGUGAUUACAAGCAUAUCAGUACUAAUUGCGAUAAACAUAGGUGGUUCAAGUCUUUUCAAUCCUUGAUAUUGCAAUGUGCUGCUAAAAAGGAACUAAUUUUUUAGUCAUUUCCCUUCAUCAAUUAAUUCUUCAAAUCAUAAAGGUCAGUUCAUAGAAUUGGAUGCUCAAAAACUGUCUUCUUCCAUGGCGGGCGGGGCAACUUCUUUUGUUUAUAUAUUGAUGGUGGAUUCACCAAGAAAAUGAUAAUAGUUUUUAGCAAUUGUAUAGUUGUUGGCAGAGGAAUGUUCUGUUGGCGGCGGAGAAUUUUUGCUUCUUAUCAGAGCUAUAUACACAGCAAGUGGAAAAAUCAUCUUGUAGUGUUCUCUAGUUUUUAUUCAUAAAACACUUGUACAUUUUUCUCUUCUAAUUCAGAUUUAAUUUGUAGUUUUCUA